AUAAACAUUACUCUCUGACAUUAAAUGACAAAAAGAAUUAUCUACAAAAUAAAAUAAAAAACGGCAUUCGAAGGAAAAUAUUGAGAUUAAGAACAUUUGUAGAAAUUAUUAUUAUUAAUUGAACAACCCUACCUAAUUAUCCUCGAAUUGGAAUGUCUAAAAAGCGAGAUAUAACUAGAGAGGAGAUUGCUAAGCAAUUUCUAUUGCCAGAGAGAGCUGCCAAAAUAAACACCCUUCUUCGACAAGAUGGGCAAGCUUAUUGCGUAUGCAGAAGCUCUGACAGUUCGAGAUUCAUGAUAGCUUGCGAUGCUUGCGAGGAAUGGUACCACGGUGACUGCAUCGGAAUUUCUGGGAAGGAAUCCAAGCUUAUAAAACAGUACUUUUGUGUUAAAUGUAUUGAGGAAGAUCCUACAUUGAAAACCAGAUGGAAGACCAAGAAAGAAGAGUCCGCUACUGCUGCAACCAACACUGAAGAAAGGAGGUCCAAGAAGAAAAAAGAGAGAUAUGAGAACAAGCCUGACAAGAAACCAAAGAGAUGUGGAGAUUGCAUGGGAUGCUUCAGGACUGAGGACUGUGGACGAUGUGACGUUUGUACAAAAAAACAUAAACAUGGUAGCAGCAAGCAGAAAGAGAGGUGCAAACAGAGGAUCUGCAUAAAUUAUGGAGGGGUUAGGAGAAAACGUAGAGACUCUAGUUCAGAUAGGGAAAUACCCUCGAAUGCUCAUUUGAUGACAGAUUACGCCAGACAGUGCUAUGGGCCUAUGUGUACUAACAGUGCUAGGUUCGGUUCUAAGUAUUGUUCAGAUAAUUGUGGAAUGAAGCUUGCUACAAAUAGAAUCCUUCAGGUUAUGCCUCAAAGAAUUCAACAAUGGGUAUUGACUCCUUGCAUUGCAGAAGUAACAAAUUAUAAAGCCUUAGAUCAGGUGAGGAAGCAAAAAAAUGAGGUUAGUCAUAUUUUACAAGAGCUUGACAAUAGACACAAGGAGCUUGAUGCAAUUGUUGAAAGAGCCAGGAAAGUUACUGUUGAUGAGAAUUAUGAACAUGAACAAGAAGAGGAGGCAGAAAUGUCAAUGUAUUGCAUAACUUGCGGUCAUGAGAUUCAUUCUAGAACGGCUAUCAAGCAUAUGGAAAAGUGUUUUAAUAAAUAUGAAUCACAGGCCUCUUUUGGAUCUGUUUACAAGACUAGAAUUGAAGGUAACAACAUGUUCUGUGAUUUUUACAACACCACGAAUCAGACUUACUGUAAAAGGUUACGUGUGUUGUGUCCUGAACAUUACAAAGACCCCAAAGUUGGAGACGAUGAAGUUUGUGGCUGCCCUUUGGUAACCAAUGUGUUCAAUCUUACUGGCGAUUUUUGCAGGGUACCAAAAAAAUCCUGCAUCAAACAUUUUGUCUGGGAAAAACUGAGGAGGGCAGAGAUUGAUUUAGAGAGGGUCCGUCAAUGGUUGAAAAUGGAUGAGCUCUUAGAGAAAGAAAGAAACAUUCGUGCAGCACUUGCCAAUAGAUCUGGGGUUCUUGCCCUUAUGUUGCACUCUACCUACGACCAUGAAACAAUGGAGCAGAUAGAGAGGCUUCAGAAACUCGAUAGAUUUCGUUUUGAACAGAAAAAAGAAAAACAAGGUGUUUCACAAUCAAAUAAUAUUACAGAGUAGGAGUUACCAGUAAUUUAUUAGUUCGUUUUUCUGUAAAACAUUUCUAUUUUAAAGAACCUAAGUAAAUGUGUUGAAUAAAUCAAUGAGCUUUUUCAAAUAAAACUUCAAAUAUGUUAAA